AUGGAUUUCUGGCAGAGGGCCCGCAGCUUCGCCGAGGAAGCCGCCAAGAAGUCGCAGGAGCUCACUCAGGGAAUCGCCGCCGCGAACCUCGCCGGCGUCGUCUCGGAGGCUUCCAAGCGGUCCAAGAAGCUGGCGGCCGAGGCCUCCAAGAAGUCUAAAGAGCUCGCCGCGGAUGCUCUCCGGCGCGCCGAUCAGAUCACGGCCUACAUCCAUCCGCCCGCCGCCGCCGCUCUGUCCGGUUUCGUCGAACCGUCCGCCGCCCAGGAUGGCGGUGUCGGGACCGCCGAUCUGGAGAAGUACGGGGUGACUGAUGAGCUGAGGGGGUUUGUGAAGGAGAUCGCCACGGACACGUUCCGGGAUUUCCCGCUUGCAGACGAUUCAGAGAUGUCUGAUGUUCCUACGGUUUCAAAUGUGCGACAGGACCUCACGGAGUGGCAAGAAAGGCAUGCAAAACUCGUUCUCUUAAAUGUGAAGGAAAUCUCAAAGCUAAGGUAUCAAUUAUGUCCACGAGUGAUGAAAGAGCGGAAGUUCUGGAGGAUCUACUUCAUUCUAGUUAACAGUCACGUGGCACAAUAUGAACACCGUUACAAUGAACAUCUAAAGCUGAAAGCUGCUGAAACGGUAAAAGAUAUUGAAGUGAAGGAAGUUUCAUCAGGUGCAACGCCUUCAAAAACAGCAGACGAGGGUUCAAAACAAAGAAGCAGUACUGUGAAGUCACCGGCUUCUGAGCAGGACUUGGAUGUAUUUCUUCUGGGAGAUAUGGAAGAUGGUGAUGAUGGUCCAGAUGAUGGUGAUGAUGUCUUUGAUGAUGAUUUUGGUAAAAUAUAG